AUGUCUUCCCGUCUCAUCACCUUCGGCUUCUUCGCCGCCUCUAUCUCCCAGGUUCUGGCCUCGUGCGCCUAUGGAACUCACUUGGAUCCUCGCGCUGAGGAGGGAAAGGUCAAGGUCAACAACUUUGCUUACACCGGCAGCAAUGGCCCCUUGAACUGGUCCCCCAUCGACAUGGUGGCCGGCUCCUUCAACGUUCUCCCCGGAAGCUCCAUCAACCUCCAGAUCCCCGACAUGGCCGAUGGCACCGAGUUCGAGAACCUAGGAACCACCGUUGAGGUUAUCGCCAAGGGCGGAUCGAUGCAAGUUGGAGGCAGCAACUUCACCCUGCAGCAGUUCCACUUCCACUUGCCCAGUGAGCAUCUCGACGCCGGAAAGAGCAUGGCUAUGGAGAUGCACAUGGUCUUCGAGGGUGCCAACCAGGAGAUUGCCGUCAUUGGUACCUACAUCGACCUGGAGCAGGGCGCUGCCGCUGCUGCCCCCGCCGCCCCUGUCGCCGAGGCUGCUCCUGUUGCCGAAGCUGCUCCCGCUGGAGGAAACGCAACUGCUGAGCGCCGCACCAAGCUGGCCCGCCGCGCUGCUACUGGAGCCGCGGCCGAAGCCCUGAAGGCUAUCCCCGCGAUGGGAACUAACCCGAUCAAGGCCGAGGCUGCUUCGUCUAGCCUUCUCGAGACCGUCUUCUCUUCCCUCGGUGCCAUCAAGGAGCCCGGUACUGUCACCAAGACUGGUGCGCUGAACAUGCAGGAGGUCGUCACUCUUCUCUCUGCCGGCAGCUUCCAAAGCUACAUGGGUUCCCUCACUACUCCUCCCUGCUCUGAGGGUGUUCAGUGGCUCGUCUCAACUCAGCGCCUGAUGGUCCAGCCCCAAACCUUUACUGCCGUCCGUGAUGUCAUUGGCUUCAACGCCCGGUUCCCCCAGAACACCCUCGGCCAGGCCAACAUCAUCCAGGUCGCCCAGCAGAGUCUCACUAGCGCCAACAUUGCCAACCCCGUUGCUGCUGCUCCCGCUGUCGCUGCUCCUGUUGCCGCUGCGCCCGCCGCUCCUGCUGCUGAGGCUGCCAAGGAAGCCGCUCCCGCCGCCGCCCCGGCCGCUCACGCCUAA